GACUGGCAGCACUGGGCAGCACCGAGGUGCAGAGAUGAGAGCACCCUACCCGCUGUCCUGCCUCUUCCUCCUGAGCCUGGGAGCCUGCUUCCCUCCCGGCGAGCGGUGGGAGCCGGGGGAUCCCGCGGAAGGGGCUCUGCUCGGUCCCGGCUGGCAAACGGCGGAGGAGGGCCGGGGUCCCGGCUGGAGGGCAGGGGCACAGCGGAGGAGAAGCGAGGAGCUGGAUGCGCUGCUGAGCAUCGCCCGGGAGCUGCGGGGACACGGCACGGCCGGGGCCGGGCAGCGGCCGGGCAGGCGGGGGGGCCCCGAGCUGCCGCCCAUGGGAGGGGAGAAGCGCAGCGGCACCCUGGGGAACCUGGCAGAGGAGCUCAACGGCUACAACAGGAAAAAAGGGGGCUUCACCUUCCGCUUUGGGAGAUGA